AUGACAUACUUAACGCCACGUCAAGAACAGAGAAAAUUACUGUCGAAUUUGUUAGGCUCGUCAAUGUACCAUCUCCCUGCGGGGUUCGAUCCCAAUAAACCAAAUGUUUCAUUGACGAGAGAGGACAUCGACGUAAGAAUCCUGGAAUCUCCAAGUGUAUGUAAGCCUUUCCUUUUAGGGGUGUGUCCAUAUGAAGUAUUUGACGGAACAAAGGAAAACGUUGGUCGAUGUCGAAGAAGUCACAACCUUCAACACCGAUUAAUAUAUGAACGUGCAGUUGAAUUAGGAAUUCCAAUGCCAAGAAGUAACUAUGAACUUGAUGCCCUGAAAGAACUGGAAAGAUUUGUAGGAGAUUGUGACGAACGAGUUCGGAUAGCGGAGCAAAGAUUGGACUACUCUGAAAGUGAUAAGCUAAUCUUGAAUGAGCUAGCUAGAAAUGUUGAGAUUUCCGAAAUGAAAUUGGCGAUACUGAAGGAGGAAAUACUACAUGUUGAAGACAUGAAGAAGAAAUUGGAAUUGUCUAUUUUGGUGAGACAGAGUUGGAAUGAAUGGGAAGCAGUCAAUUCGCAAUAUAAUGUUACCUUGGAGAAGUUAAAUAGUGUUGGUCAGCAGCAAAUGCAGGUAUGUUCAGUAUGUGGUGCAUACAUGUCGAAAGUUGACACCGAUCGUCGUCUUGUGGAUCAUUUCACGGGGAAGAUUCACCAAAGUUACGUUCUUCUUAGAGAGAAGCUAAAAGAACUGCGAGAGAAACAUGAGGAGGAUUAA